AUGGCGCGGUCCCUGGACGCCACCGAGGUGAACGAGGUCCGCGGCCGGAGCGGCGCCGACAUGCGGCGGAACCUCACGUGGUGGGACCUCAUCUGGUUCGGCAUCGGCGCCGUCAUCGGCGCCGGCAUCUUCGUGCUCACGGGACAGGAGGCCAAGGAGGCCGCCGGCCCCGCCGUCGUCGUCUCCUAUGCCAUCUCCGGCGUAUCCGCCAUGCUCGCCGUCUUCUGCUACACCGAGUUCGCCAUCGAGAUCCCCGUCGCAGGCGGGUCGUUCGCGUACCUCCGCGUGGAGCUGGGCGACUUCAUGGCGUUCAUCGCGGCGGGCAACAUCCUCCUCGAGUACUGCAUCGGCGGGGCGGCGGUGGCGCGGUCGUGGACGUCCUACUUCGCGACGCUGCUGAACCACCACCCGGACGACUUCCGCGUGCACGCCGCGGCGCUGGCGGAGGGCUACUCGGAGCUGGACCCGAUCGCGGUGGCGGUGACGGCGGCUAUCUGCGCGCUGGCCGUGCUCAGCACCAAGGGCUCGUCGCGCUUCAACUACGUGCUCUCCAUCCUGCACCUCGCCGUCAUCGCCUUCAUCGUCGUGGCGGGGCUGACCAAGGCGAACGCCGCCAACCUCAGCGCCGAGUUCGCGCCGUUCGGCGCGCGGGGCAUCUUCGCGGCCUCGGCCGUGCUCUUCUUCGCCUACAUCGGCUUCGACGCCGUGAGCACCAUGGCGGAGGAGACGAGGAACCCCGCCAGGGACAUCCCCGUGGGGCUCGUCGGCGCCAUGACGCUCACCACCGCCGUCUACUGCCUCCUGGCGCUGGUGCUCUGCCUCAUGCAGCCCUACACCGAGAUCGACGCCGACGCGCCCUUCAGCGUCGCCUUCACCGCCGUCGGCAUGGACUGGGCCAAGUACAUCGUGGCGUUCGGCGCGCUCAAGGGCAUGACCACCGUGCUCCUCGUCGGCGCCGUCGGGCAGGCCAGGUACCUGACCCACAUCGCGCGGACGCACAUGGCUCCGCCGUGCCUCGCGCAGGUGCACCCGAGGUUCGGCACCCCGGUCUACGCCACCGUCGUCAUGAUGGUCGCCACCGCCGUCAUCGCACUCUUCACCAACCUCGGCAUCCUCUCCAACCUGCUCUCCAUCUCCACGCUCUUCAUCUUCACGCUCGUCGCCAUGGCCCUGCUCGUCCGCCGCUACUACGUCGCCGGCGAGACCGCGGCUUCGGACCGGAACAGGCUCGUGGCCUGCCUCGCCGUCAUCGUCGCCUCGUCCACCGCCACCGCCGCGUACUGGGGGAUGACGAGCUCCGGCGGCGGCGGGUGGGUGGCGUACGUGGUCACGGUCGCCGCGUGGCUCGCCGCCACGGCGUACCUGCAGUGGGGCGUGCCCAAGGCGCGCGCGCCCAAGAUGUGGGGGGUGCCGCUCGUGCCGUGGCUGCCGUCCGCGUCCAUCUUCAUCAACAUCUUCCUGCUGGGAUCCAUCGACGGCGCGUCCUUCAUGCGGUUCUUGAUCUGGACGGCGGCGCUGCUCGCCUACUACUUCUUCGUCGGGCUGCACGCCUCCUACGACACGGCUAAGGCCAUCGCUGCCGAGGCAGAGGCUGCACGGGUGGAGGAAGGUGCGCACAAGGUUGCCGUCGGUGGCUGCCGCUUCGGCUAA